AUGGUUUUUUUCCCUUCCUACGUGGGGGAGUUGGGAUCUUUCAUCAAUCUGUCCGGGGGAUCCGCGUCUCCCGUCGACCUUUCCUUCCCCUUCCUCAAGAAGCUGCCUGGCAUCCACAACAUCUGGCUCAGGGCGUCCUGCAACGGGCUCCUCCUCUUUAGGCACAGCACCAGGCUUCGCGAGCUGGGCUAUAUUGUGUUCAACCCCGCCACAGAGCAGUGGGCGACCGUGCCCAGCCAGCGUACUCUGGCUGAUAGGCCUAUUCGAUUGAACCACACCUGUUUCGUGUUCAAUCCGGCUGUCUCCCCCUACUUCCAUUUAGUCAUCAUCAGCGCGCAGGAGGGGAGCCUUGCAACAGUGCAAUCCUACUCCUCAGAAACAGGGAUAUUUGAGGUGGAUGUGGAAGGGAAGACAAAAAGGAUCAUCCGAGCGCCAUCUUCUGUGGGUGGGCGGGUUCAUGGCUGCUUUCCGCUUUUCAUUGGUCAAUCCCAAGGGCGCCUAUAUUGCAUCAAUGAAGAACAUUGGGCAGGUGGUAUCCCAUCUGAACUGUCCAGUCGUGUUUAUAGAAGAGACUCCAAUGAUGAUUCUAAUCUACUGUCAAUCUGGGCUCUUGAGGACUAUGAUACGCAAAAGUGGGCCCUUAAGCACAGUGUGAGCUGUUCACGUCUGUUUGGAAUAUCAGGUUUUCUUGGUUACAAUGUGGUUGCCAUUCAUCCAGACAACAACAAUUUGGUGUUCAUUGUAUAUUGGAAACACCAGCUGAAAUCAUAUGGCUUGAACAGCAAGGAAGUGCGGACCGUCGGCACAUUUCAGGAAUCCUUGCAGUUUCCUCCUUAUGUUCCUUGCUUCUCAGACUUCUUAUCGGUGGCACAACAUGAAGAGAAGCUAGGGGUGGGCGAGUGA